AUGCCUCAGGGCUCCGCGACUCUAUCAGACGUGUACGCCGCAGCGCAGCGCAGGCGGAUCGAGCUCUCCUCUGGUAUAGAGCUACUUGAACGUUGCGAGUCGGGAGCAGGCGGCCCGCUGGCGGCGCCGAUGUUCUUCGCCGAGGCGCCGCGCGAUCCGAGCGGCGGCAGAGGCGGCGCCAGCGCAGCGGGGCCGGCGGGGGCGGUGGCGGUGGAUCCCGCGCUGAUGGACGGGCUGCGCGUGAAGCUGGCGGAACUGCAGCGCAUGUGCGCGGAGAUGGGGCAACUGCGAGUCGAGGUGAUGGGGGAGGAGGCGGAGGCGCUACGGCUGGCGCUAGACCGGUGCGCGGCCAAGGAGCACAGGCGGCGCAGGGAGGCGCAGGAGCGGGCGGAGCUGCUGGUGGCGCGCGCGGGGGGGCAGGGGGGGCGCAUCCUGAGCGAGGCGGACGCGGAGAUCAGGGACAUGGAGACGGCUAAGAGGGCGGGGCGCGUGCUAGAGGAUACGUUGGCGCAGGGGAUUGCAACUCUUUCUCACAUGGCGCAGCAGAGGGAGGUGUUGAAGGUGAGAGAGGGUUGGAGGAGGUGGGGGAAGGGCUAG